AUGACUUUCAAGGAUGUUUAUGAAGCUAGAUCUGCAGUUAACUUUUAUGCACUGGUCAAUAAGAGAGGGUUGGUUUUAAAAAAAAAAACAGAUAGAACUAGGGCUAGUUACAAAUGUCAGGAGGGUUGCCCCUUUAGGUUGUAUAUCUCAACAGAUAACAAAAAAAAUAGUACUUGCUUGAGCAUUAAGACCUUUAUUGAUAAACACACAUGUCAACCAGCUUUCAAGAAUCCUAGGGCUGAUCAGAAUACUUUAGCUCAGUUGUUUAAGAAAAAGGUUCAAUGCAAUCCUAAGUACAAGGUGAAAGACUUGAGAGGGGAGUUGGAGAAUAAUUUUGAUUUAAAUGUGACUAAGGCUAAGCUCAAAAGGGCCAAGUUGUUAACUCUUCAGAAGUUAGAGGGCAGUUUUGUUGAUGAUUACAAGAAACUUGAGGCUUAUGGGCAAGAAGUUAGACAAUCUAAUCCUGGCACUGAUGUUGUGAUAAAUAUAUCAAGAAGUGCUCUUGAAGAAGGUAAAAGAAAAUUUUUGAGGAUGUACAUAUGCUUCAAUGCAUUAAAGAAGGGUUGGAAAGGUGGGUUGAGACCAUUGAUAGGAGUUGAUGGUACAUUUCUGAAGGGUAGAUAUAAGGGUCAGAUGUUAGUGGCCCUUGCUCAAGACUCCAUGAACUAA